UUACCUGGUCGGCUGGCUGGCCCUGGUGAGCGGGCACAGUGUCCGAUCGUCGACGCAAAAGCAAAAGGCAAGUUUCGUUGGGAGGAGGCAAGAAGAAUCUAUCGUCGUGGAAUUUUUGCAUUCGCGUUCGUGUACGUGCAUCAAAUCCGGCCCUCCAGUUGGCACGAUCAAAGUUGGAACCAAAAAAAAGUUUCGCGUAAACAACGGGAUUGCAAUAGCAGAACACAUCCUAUAAGGUUGGGUGUGCGUUACCCUAGUCGUGUGAAGGAAUUCUGAACGAUAUCCGCGAUCGUUCUUGUCUGCCAAUCACUGCUGCUGCUGCAUCUCAGUUGCACCACCACCCCUUACGGCGGCACCAUCGCAUCACAGCACAGGUGCAGCAAAGCAGAAUGCACCCGACGGCUGCUCGAUGGUGGCCCCAUUAUCGCUUCUGAGAGUGCGAGACGCCCUUGUGCGUGUGUCUGUGCCAAAGUGUGCAAUAAAAUGAAGCGAAAUUGACAUCACCCACCUCUCGAUAGCGGCUGUGAGAAAACGCAAAAGGAACCUUCCACCCCGCACAACGUAUCAGGGAUGUGUAAACAUUUAUAGCAUUUUGUGAAAUAGCGUAAACUAAUGUGCGUCCAGGUUGACUGAGCAUCGAAGGUGCGUUGGGUUGUUUUGUGUUUGUGAUUAGAGUUUCGGUUUGCUUAGCCUGUCCCCCCCGCCAAGCAGCAAGUAGGCCUUGUGUUUUUGUUUUCCCCCCAGAAGCUAUAAAUCGGUCAGGGGCGUUUAUCGCGGCGGUUACUGGGAUUGUUGUCCACUGGUUCGCAGUGGCCUAGGGUUGGGUCUACUACAGUGUGUCAUCAACGCUUUCUAUUGGAUUUAUUACAGUUUUUGAUCGUUUUGGCAUCGUGACGCAUAGAAAAAAUCCUUACCACAAACCCCCCCCCCCCCCCCGGGUUCUGAUCGUUCCCCAUUCUCCGAACUUCCUCCCUCCAACAGUGCGUGUGUGUUUGUGUAUUGCGUAUGUGUGUUCCUACCAAGUGUGAGGUGUCUCGGUGACGUGGCAGCGGAUCGCCGUAGCUGAAAGCUAAAAACACAAGCGUCACGUUGCUGCUGCGGGUCGCAAAAGUAUGGAAAAGUUUCCCCUGAAAGGCACCGGCAACAUCAGCAGCAGCAACGGCAACAACCUUUCGAUAUCAUCCGCCGCCACCAACCAUCCGCUCAGUGGUGAUCAUCCGUCUUAUCAGUCAGUGGGCAGCAAGCCCGGUAAAGGUUCUCCAGCGUCCAGUGCGGAACGACACAUCACCACCACCACCACCUCCCUGACAACUGCACCGGGCACGGUCGGGGCGGUACCGGUGUACGAGGCGGACGAGGACGGCAUGAUCGACAUAACGCCCGGGAACGGCGGCCUCACCAACCCGAACUACUCCUACUCCUCCUACUCCGCGAAUGGUGGCCGGCAGGACGGUGUCGGUGCGCCCAGCAGCGCUGCCAACAGUAGUGCACCGAGCAUAACCACCGCCGCCGCAUCCAGCAACGGCGGGAGCAGCAUAGGCGGUGGAGAAGGGCCCGGCGGCAUGUCUUCGCCCACGCACACCCGGUUCGGGCGCGACUUUCAUCACUCCGAUCAUGAAGAUACAUUAACCGUUUCGUUUUCCGGUAAAAUGGAAGGUAUUUCAUUUGCCGGCAUGACGGACACAAGCGACGACAUUCCCGGCAUCGGGCAGUAUGAGGAUUUUCACACGAUCGACUGGCAGCGGGACAUUGCCCGGGAUCGUAUGCGCCAUCGGUACAUAGUGAAAAAGCGGCAGGACUCGUUCUGGGAUCUUUUAAAGGGUGCACACGAUGCGUGGUCCGGCUGGGUGUGCGUACUGCUGGUCGGCCUGUUCACCGGCUGCGUGGCGGGCGUGAUCGACAUCGGCGCGAGCUGGAUGACGGACCUGAAGUUUGGCAUCUGCCCGCAAGCGUUCUGGCUGAACCGGGAGCAGUGCUGCUGGUCGUCGAACGAAACGUCGUUCGACAGCGGCAACUGCUCGCAGUGGUACGCCUGGUCGGAGAUCUUCACCUCCUCCCGGGAAGGGUUCGGUGCGUACGUGAUAUCGUACUUUUUCUACAUCAUGUGGGCAAUGCUGUUCGCGCUGCUGGCCGCAUCGCUGGUGCGCAUGUUCGCGCCGUACGCGUGCGGCUCGGGCAUACCGGAGAUCAAAACUAUCCUGUCCGGGUUCAUCAUCCGCAGCUAUCUGGGCAAGUGGACGCUAAUUAUCAAAUCGGUCGGCAUCAUGCUGUCGGUGUCGGCCGGCCUCAGCCUCGGCAAGGAGGGCCCGAUGGUGCACAUUGCGAGCUGCAUUGGGAACAUACUGUCCUACCUGUUCCCGAAGUACGGGCGAAAUGAGGCGAAAAAGAGGGAAAUCCUGUCGGCUGCCGCCGCGGCCGGCGUGUCGGUUGCGUUCGGUGCCCCGAUCGGUGGCGUGCUGUUCAGCCUGGAGGAGGUGUCGUACUACUUUCCGCUCAAGACGCUGUGGCGCUCGUUUUUCUGUGCGCUGAUUGCGGCGUUCAUACUGCGCUCGAUCAAUCCGUUCGGCAACGAGCACUCGGUGCUAUUCUACGUGGAGUACAACAAACCGUGGAUCUUCUUCGAGCUGGUACCAUUUAUCGGGCUGGGCAUUAUUGGGGGCAUCAUUGCGACGCUAUUUAUCAAGGCGAACCUUUGGUGGUGCCGGUUCCGCAAGUACAGCAAGCUUGGCCAGUACCCGGUGACGGAGGUGCUGAUCGUCACGUUCAUUACCGCGGUCAUUGCGUACCCCAAUCCGUACACGCGCAUGAACACGAGCGAGCUGAUCUAUCUCCUCUUCAGCCAGUGCGGCAUCUCGAACCAGGAUCCGUUGUGUGACUACAAUCGAAACUUUACCGAUGUCAAUUCGGCCAUUGAGAUAGCGGCGGCCGGGCCGGGCGUCUACAAAGCCGUGUGGCUGCUAAUACUCGCCCUCGCGAUGAAGCUCAUCAUGACGAUCUUCACGUUUGGCAUGAAGGUACCGUGCGGGUUGUUCAUUCCUUCCCUUGCACUCGGUGCCAUUACGGGCCGUAUCGUUGGCAUUGCGAUGGAACAGCUGGCGUACAACUAUCCCAAAAUAUGGAUCUUCUCUGGGGAGUGUUCCACCGGGGACGAUUGCAUUACGCCGGGGCUGUAUGCGAUGGUCGGUGCAGCCGCCGUGCUUGGCGGGGUCACAAGAAUGACGGUGUCCCUUGUGGUUAUUAUGUUCGAGCUAACCGGCGGUGUCCGAUACAUCGUGCCGCUGAUGGCGGCAGCCAUGGCUUCCAAAUGGGUUGGCGAUGCCCUUGGUCGACAGGGCAUUUACGAUGCGCACAUAGCGCUGAACGGUUAUCCGUUCUUGGACAGCAAGGACGAAUUCCAGCACACAACGCUAGCGGCCGAUGUGAUGCAGCCAAAACGCAAUGAAACGCUGGCGGUGAUCACUCAGGACUCGAUGACGGUGGACGACAUCGAGACCCUACUCAAAGAGACUGAACACAACGGCUACCCGGUGGUCGUUUCGAAGGAGAAUCAAUACUUGGUUGGCUUCGUGCUGCGGAGGGAUCUAAACCUAGCCUUAGCUAAUGCGCGACGCAUCAUUGACGGCAUCACUGGCCAGUCGCUGGUAAUCUUCACCUCGGCCCAACCGGUCCAAAACCUUGGCCCGUCGCCGCUGAAGCUGAAGAAAAUCCUCGACAUGGCCCCGAUCACCGUGACGGACCAGACGCCGAUGGAAACGGUCGUCGAUAUGUUCCGCAAGCUGGGCCUAAGGCAAACGCUGGUCACUCACAAUGGGCGAUUGCUCGGUGUAAUAACCAAAAAGGACGUCCUGAGGCACGUGAAACAGAUGGACAAUGAAGACCCGAAUACUGUUUUGUUUAACUAAGCUCUAACUAGCUAUUUAUAAUGAUAUACAGUAGAUAUAUGCGCAAGCCUUCAUCCCUGGUCUCCCCUCCCUCCCCAUCUCUCCCCUUUCCCCAUGUGCGCCUUCCCAUUUGCUGCCACCCUCUCAUCGUCGCAACCCCGCAUGCCAUCCAGGUGCUGGUUGGGAGCAUAAUUUAGCAAACAAACCUCCAGGCAAACCUUAGACAAGCUGCCUCUCCCUUUCUAUGCCCAAAACGUGCUAGAAUUCCGUGGCUACCGUUAUCUGUUGGCAUUAGAAAGAUAUGAUAGCAAAAAGAUAUGUUUUGUUGGUGUAGGAAGGAGAUGGAGAAAAACACACUCACUCUAAAAACAGUGCAAUAAUAUACAAGCCGGCCUUUUUUGAUUAUUUUUUUAUGGUGGGAGUAUAAAUCCUGCCAAAUUCAUCGCACCCUCCCACAACUAUGGCAAGCAAUAGUAGUGUCCAUUCACCCAGCAAUGACGAUGGUAUUAGAAGAACUCUGUGUUACGUUGUGCUAGCAUUUUUGAAAAAAAAAAACUAUCAAUAAUUUGUAUUAUCCAGGCAAAAUGAUUCAUUAUGUUCCGUUGUGAUCAAAAAAGCAAGAGAAGCAGCAGUUGAUGGACACGCUUCAGCGUAUAGAUAAAUAUCAUGUUAGUAAAAAAAAACAAUUAGGAGAGAAAUAUCAAGAGGCGUACCCGGGGGCGCCUUGUGUACGUAAACGGGGGUAAACAGUUUUACUCUCCUACAUUCUCUCGUCCAGGACUUAUGACAAAACCAGUUAUCAUAUAUUUUUUACACAAACACACACACAUACCCACACAAACACUCAAAACUGUGCAAUCUAAUCGAACCGAUUGUGUAGCGUUGCUGGAAACCGUUCGUAUGUAUGUAUGAAAGGAAGCAAAAACACGAGUAGGUAAAUUACAUUUUGGCAAAGCAAGCAAGACAUGGAUUGAGGGGGAAAGAGAUUAUGUGAAGCAUCGCAUUGAAAGCGGAAAAGAAGCAACAUUAUAAUAAAAUUGUAUAUUUAUGUAAUAAAA